UGCAAGAGAAAGGCCAUAGUGAAUUAUUCUAGCCCAUGUGCAGUUUAGACUUUGGCCACUAGAUGGCAUCAGUGAAUGUGCAACAUUUUAGACUAAUCCAAUGAACUAUUGCAUAUCUAUUCAAAAUUCUGUGUCAAGACUGCCCAAAUGUGCCUAAUUGGUUUAUUCAUACAUUUUCGAGUUCAUAAUUGUGCACUCUCCUCAAACAAUAGCAUGGUAUUAUUUCACUGUAAUAGCUACUGUAAAUUGGACAGUGCAGUUUGAUUAACAAGAAUUUAAACGUUCUGCCCAUAUCAGAUAUGUCUUUGUCCUGGGACUUUUUGUUUUGUUUCUUACAACCUCGUGUUAAUCACAUUAGUUCAACACUCCCGAGGUCGGGACACCGAUUCUGUAGAGGGUAAUGCGAGUGUAGCGAAAUGCUUGUGCUUCUAGUUCCAACAGUGCAGUAUAAGGACCAAUGGAACGGUCUAAAAUGUGCAAACUCUGUCCACCCGGGGCACCCGGCCAUGCGAAACGAACUUGCCCAAUCUCUGUGUGUCUGUGAUCCUUCUCCUUCCACGUUGCUGCACGUGCAUGAGUUCCAGGAAGUGUAAGGGGGAGUGGUUUACAGUUUGUCAGGGAGCAGGGAAGAGUAAACCCCCGUCCUUCUGCUGGAAUAUGUCUUAGUUUUAAAUAACCACUGGAGACAAACAUACAGCAAGUCAGCGAACCCCGCACCUUUAACAUGUUGAAGUUACAGCCUUUAGAUUGAUGUGAUUUGAAAGACAUGAUGUUAUCCAUUAACUUUAGCUGAGGAUGUGAACGACAACCAGUGAAGAGAGACGAUUUAAUGCUGCAGUGUGACCUUUCCUGAUGAACAAAAUGGAGUCGUCUGAAGACAGUGCUCAGUUCGUGGACAAGUACAUGCCCCAGCUCAUUCAGAGGGUCACCAUGGUGAUGCCUAUAGCUGAUGAGCUGCUCGCUGAAGACAUGAUUCAUAAAGAGAUGUACUCUAACAUCAGCGCUGCCAGGACUAAUCAGAGCAAAAUGAGGGAGCUCUUUAAAGCCCUCCACUCUGGAGGAAACAAAGUGAAAUCUACCUUUCUCUCCACACUGAGGGAGAAUGAACCUAAUCUGGUCCAGGACUUAGAAUGCAGUGGCAAACAAAGAGGUGAACCAGAGAACAAAAGCACAAUAAGCCUAAAGUACAAGGAAUUCAUCAGAGGUGAAUAUGCCACAGUGCAGGAGUACAACUCUCUCCCUGGAGAACAUGUGAAGCUAGAUGAUCGCUACACUGAGCCCCUAAUCAUCCAGAAACACCGUCAGCAGAGAGAGAGAGAGGAGGAGAUCCGCUCCAGAGGACAGAACUUUUAUCAAGUCAUGGACCAGAGGGACAGCGAGACCUACAAGAGUACCAAAGUGGAGAGGCUGUUUGAUCCAGACGAGCACGGAGACAUUCAGAGAACAGUGAUACUGCAGGGCCACUCUGGAACUGGCAAGUCAUUUACCAGUCAGAAGAUCAUGUCUGACUGGGCCUUUGGAAGACUUUACGAAGACCAAUUUGACUUAGUUUUUCACCUGAGGUGCAAAGAACUGAACCAGGCCACUGGGAGAAAAAGUCUGAUGGAUCUGCUUAACUACGAUCAGAGUUCAUCAUCAAUGAUCAAGCAGGUCCUUCACCAGUCUCCUGAGAGGGUUCUCUUCCUGGUAGACGGCUUUGAUGAGCUCAAAUUCUCACUUGAUGUACCUAAAGACUCCCUUCCCAGGGACCCAUGGACACAAUGCUCCCCCGAAGUGACACUGAGUGGCCUGAUACGGAAACAGAUAUUGCACGAGUCCUUCCUGCUUGUUACCACCAGGUCCACAGCGUUGGACAAACUAAAAGAAGUGGUCAAACAUCCAGUGAGAUACGCUGAGAUAUUGGGCUUUUCUAAAGAGGGGGUGGAGGAAUACUUCAAUAGAUUCUUCAAGAAGAAGCAACACUCACAGCAAGCCUUUGACUCUGUGAGAAAAAAUGAAACCCUUUUCACCGCAUGUUUCAUUCCAGUCAUCUGCUGGAUCAUUUGCACAGUUUAUAGGGAGCAGUUUGAUGAAGGCACAGAGAUGAUACAAUCGCUGGAGACCACCACCUCCAUCUUUGUUGAAUUUGUUGCCACGCUGUUGAAGCACGACUGUCAGGAUUUGGGUCAGUCAGCUCUUACUAUCCUCCAAGGACUAGGCAAGCUGGCAGAAAAGGGAAUGGAAGAGCAGCAAGUCUUAUUUGACCAUGAUAGUGUGUCACAGACAGUGUCAGAUCCUUCCAAAGUCCCCUUCUUGUGUAAGUUUCUCCAAAAGAAAAGAGUAAGUCAGACCACUAUGUACAGCUUCAUGCACCUCAGCUUCCAGGAGUUUUUCACAGCCCUCUCAUACAUGUUACUGGGUGAUGAGGAAGCUCAGGAGAAAGUUAGAGAGCUACUUUCCAAGGUUCGACGUGGAAAAGAAAACAGUCACCUGCUACCCAUAGUUCAAUUUCUCUUCGGCAUCGCAAACAAGGAAGUGGGAAAACGGCUCGAGGAUAAAAAAUACAUCUCUUGUUCUCAAGGAAUUUGGACCCAGCUCAAACAUUUUAUUCUGGAAGUCAUUGACAAAGAAAAGGAGGAUCGAAACGCCAUUGAUUAUCACAUUUCAUCAAUGUGGCUUUUUGCGUUUCACUGUCUAUAUGAACUACAUGUAGAUGAUUUUGUAAAGAAAGCCAUGAAUACAUACACAGAAUUUAAUCUGACUCACAUUCCCCUGACAAAAACAGACUGUUGGGUGCUGAAGUACUGCUUUCAGCAUUGCGAGCGCAUCCAAAGACUCAUUCUCAAUUGGUGCAAGUUAUCUGCAGAGAAGAUAAAAAUCCUUCUGCCAGCAUUGGAAAAAUGUCAACAUCUCGAGUUGCAGGUGGACGACCUGGCCGAUGAUGAUUUAGAUGGUCUGUUGACAGCGCUGGGAGAAGGAAAGAGUUUGGAGCUGGAUCUGACAGAGAACAACUUCUCGGAUGAGAAAGUGCAGGACUUGCUUGUUGCUCUCACUAAACACAAACCCAGAAACAUUGACAUUGGAGUGAAGUCCAUCACCAGCAAUACAGCUGACAAAUUCAUGUUCCUCGUCAAUAAGGCACAUGCAGACUUGGAAAGCAUAGGGCUUCAUUGUUGUGAGAAUGUUACAUUGGAAGCCAAUCUACAGAAAAAUGGAGUCAAUGGGACUCUCCAAAUUUCUCUUUGGUUAAAAGUGUCUGACAUGAAAAUGAUCUGUGACUGUAUCAGGGCAUCUGGCUACAGUUUGAGUGAAAUAGACUUGUCUGUGAGCUAUGUGGCUGACCUAUCAGACACUGACGUGGAUGACCUGAGUGCAAUCAUCCACCCUGUAGACAAGUUAAGGCUCAGGUUUCAACACAAAGAUUUAUAUGGACAGGACGCAGUGAGUGAAGGUUUACACUCCCAGAUAUCACUCAGAGGGAUUGAAAUAACCCUCUGUGGCGAUCCCGUAUUCGACUGGAGAAAAUUAUUUCAGCUAGUUCACACUCUGGAGCAACAUCCAGAGUGGGAUGAGCAUGCUGAUGAACUGAUCUCACUGCUACACUCUCAAACCUCUCUGGGGGACAUCGGUCUGUUUGUGAGCCGCUUGACAGAGAGGUGUGCUACCAGUGUAAUCAGUCUCAGCCAGGCCUGCCCAAACCUGCGGAUGAUAUCCCUUCAUGUAGUUGAGCAAGGUUUGUUAUUGGAGGAGGUAUUACAUCUCUUACGUGCAUCAAAGAGGCGCCCAGAUUGCCGGGUACUUGUCGCCGGGUGGAGAUGCAGGAAACCUGCUGACCAGUGCACUGGCCGGAAGGACUGGAGUCUCUGUUGUGACGACUCUGUUAGGCUCAAUCUACAUGGAGAAACAUUCACAGAGAAUGUGAUAAGGCAUGGGAAGAAAAGUGACAGGCCUAGUUAUCACCCUAAGAGUAAUAGAUGGUGUGUUGUUGCCUAGUGACCACGAUGAAGACAACAGAGAUGGUGUGUUGUUGCCUAGUGACCACAAUGAAGACAACAGAGAGGGUGUGUUGUUGCCUAGUGACCACGAUGAAGACAACAGAGAUGGUGUGUUGUUGCAUAGUGACCACGAUGAAGACAACAGAGAUGGUGUGUUGUUGCCUAGUGACCACGAGGAAGACAACAGAGAGGGUGUGUUGUUGCCAAGUGUCCACGAUGAAGACACUGGAGAGGGUGUGUUGUUGCAUAGUGACAAGACUUUAGCAUAUAGACUGCUACACCGCCCAAGGUGAAUCAAUCCCCCAUCAUCUCCUCCUCUAGCUCUCUGUCUCCCUUCCCUCUCUCUCUGUCUCCCUUCCCUCUCUCUCUGUCACACCCUUACACACGUUUGAAUCUGACCUGUGCCAAUCAUGGUCCAUAGGGUUCUGUUAAAAAAAUAAUAGGGUGCAAUUUGGGACCCGUGUCUGUACUGGUUAGCAUUUCAUAUAUUUAAUCUUACUCUGUCUCUAAAAAUGAAAUAAGGAGGUUUUAUCCUUGUUCUUAUGAAAGCUGUGUCUUUUUAUUUUUUGUAAUACUGUGGAAAAAUAAUGACAUACAAUUUGAAAAAAUAUUGAAUAAAAAUAAAAAUGAAAACACAUUUCAGUAAUAUAUUUGUGUUUUUUUCUUAAAGAAGAACCGUUAUACAGGAGGAGCAUUACUGAAUGAGAAGCCCAUAGUGACAAUAAUACAGGAAACAGUCCUAUUGGAACAAUGACAGAAUAGAAAAUAACAGGAUUGAGAAUGAAUUAUAUGGAGGAAAUACACUCACUCAGACAUGCACAUGCUCAGCCACACCCACUACAGGUAGGAGGAGCUAUCGAAGAACAGACUCAUUCUAAUGUCUGGAAUGGAAUUAAUGGAACGGAGUCAAACAUGGUCUCCGUAAAUUUGAUUUGUUUGAUACCGUUACAUUAAUUCUAUUCCAGACAUUACAAUGAGCCUGUCCUCCUAUACCUCCUCCCACCCACCUCCACUGGUGUACUCACAUACAGUGCCCCAGGUCCCAUAGUACUAUAGUCAAGCACUACUUUUGACUAGGGCUCUGGUCCACACUAUAUUGGGAAUACAGAUGUAGUUUGUAAUUUGAUCACUCUUUUAUUGCUGGGGAUUUUCCUGCACAGCAGAAAAUGCAAACGUGUAGUGUAUUUGAGGUUAAAAAGACUACUAAAGUUUGUAAUUUCCACUUUAAAAUGUCUGACUUGAUUUGCACCAACGAAAACAUUAUCAACCCCUACAACAAAAAUGUCCAUUAAUUAUAAUUCACAUUUCCUGUUGCUGCAGGAUUAUUUUCCUGCUCUAGCAAACUGGCUCAAAUUAAGAUCCUACAUCUAUAGGGUUCCAUUUGUGUCAAUCAUGGACGUAUUUGGAGCCCUCUGUUAACUCCACAGCGGCAUAAAGAAUGAUUGGACUCAGUCGGCUCAUUCUUCAUGUCCUAUGGCCACAUGAUGGCUCCAUGAUUACAUCCAAAAUGGCAUCCUAUUCCUUAUAUAGGGCAACGGUUUUGACCAGGGCCCAUAGGAUUCUAGACAGAAUUAUUGCACUUGGUAAGGAAUAAGGUACAAUUUAGGACAUAACCAGUCACUCUCUCUCUCUCUCUCAGUCUCUCCAUCUUUCGCUUUCCCCAUGUUUUCACAGCCCAACGUCCCCUUUCUAUACACACACACACACACACACACACACUGAUCAAAACACCAGGGUCAGAGGUCACGCAUACACACAGUUGUACUGUAAACACAAAUGGCUGCUGCAUUGGUUUGUCUGCUUUGUUCACUUCUGUUGUUUUGUCUUUUGACUCCCAUUAGAUUAGAGAUUCAUAACACAACAUAGCCGGGAUUCAAUCCAAGGUGUGUUGUGAAGCAAAGCAUACUUUAAAAAAUGUUUUAAUACGCUCAAACUAUACACUCAUUUAUCGUGAAUCCAAUCGCUGCGAGCAUCUGGGAAAAAAUGCCUUUACACCAUUGCGCUGCUCUCUAAGGCUCCUGGGUUUGAAUCACGGCCUGAGACUGCUACCAAACAACGUAUGUAAAUCAAUCCUGGUCAGAGAUAGCAGAGAACAGCUCAGAGCACCUUAGUACUGUCCACUGAGACCUGGGUUAGGCCUGGGUAGGAUAGACAUCUGUCCCAUCUGGUGUGGCCUAAUUGUGCAUUCAUUUUGGCCAUGUAAGUGUAUCACCACUCCCUUUGUCUGAGGCUAGUCCCAAAUGGCACCCUAUUCCAUAAAUAGUGCACUACUAUUCACCAGAUUCCUAUGUGCUCUGGUGGAAAGCAGUGCACUAUAUAAGGAAUAGAUUGGCCGUGACCCCCGUUACAUACAAACAGAGGCCUACACAGACAACAAGUAAACGAUACAGGACGUGUAUAAAAGUUUAAACACCCUAGUGUCACCUUCAUUGGUGACAUAAUAACACCAUGAAUAUAAUAUGACGGCUAUAAUACUGACUUCAUAUGUGGAAGGCAUUUGAUGAAAUUAUAAAAUGGUGGAUGAGGAACGAACAAAAUUGAAAUGAGUUUAUGAAGGAAGUUAUAUCUUUUGAACAGAGGGCCAACCUGUCAAAAAUACGUUUAUUUACAGCUAGCUAUAAUCUCUAAUCUACUCCUAUGUUUUCAUCUGGAAGAAAAUGUGAGAUCUGGGAGAAAAUGUGAGAUCUGGAAGAAAAGGUGAGAUCUGGGAGAAAAGGUGAGAUCUGGGAGAAAAUGUGAGAUCUGGGAGAAAAUGUGAGAUCUGGAAGAAAAGGUGAGAUCUGGGAGAAAAGGUAAGAUCUGGGAGAAAAUGUGAGAUCUGGAAGAAAAUGUGAGAUCUGGGAGAAAAUGUGAGAUCUGGGAGAAAAUGUGAGAUCUGGGAGAAAAUGUGAGAUCUGGAAGAAAAGGUGAGAUCUGGGAGAAAAGGUAAGAUCUGGGAGAAAAUGUGAGAUCUGGAAGAAAAUGUGAGAUCUGGGAGAAAAGGUGAGAUCUGGAAGAAAAUGUGAGAUCUGGGAGAAAAUGUGAGAUCUGGAAGAAAAGGUGAGAUCUGGGAGAAAAGGUGAGAUAUGGAAGAAAAGGCGAGAUCUGGGAGAAAAGGUGAGAUCUGGGAGAAAAGGUGAGAUCUGGGAGAAAAGGUAAGAUCUGGGAGAAAAUGUGAGAUCUGGAAGAAAAUGUGAGAUCUGGAAGAAAAUGUGAGAUCUGGAAGAAAAUGUGAGAUCUGGGAGAAAAGGUAAGAUCUGGGAGAAAAUGUGAGAUCUGGAAGAAAAGGUGAGAUAUGGGAGAAAAGGUGAGAUCUGGAAGAAAAGGUGAGAUCUGGGAGAAAAGGUGAGAUCUGGGAGAAAAGGUGAGAUCUGGGAGAAAAGGUGAGAUCUGGAAGAAAAUGUAUAAAGAAGAAAGUCAACAGGACUCCGGUAGAAACAGAGAUCAAAGAGGGAGUUCUGACGGCUCUGAUCCGUGGUUGGCAGCAACAUUAUAGUUACAAACCAAAUGGAACCCUAUUCCCUAUAUAGUGGACUACUUUUGACAAGGACCCAUAGGGCUCUGAUCAAAACACUAUAUAUACAGUUGUAAGUUUACAUACAC